AUGGAGGUAGAGGUGGAGGUGGAGGUGAGGGGUGGGGGGAAGGGGAGACGGGGAGUGGGUGGGUACGCGGGGUGGGAGUGGGGGUGGGGGUGCGGGAAGCGAAAACGGGGAGGGGGUGGGCGUGGGGGGGGAGGGGGAAGGGGACAGGGGGGAGGGGAAGCAGGGAGGGGGAGGGGGAAGGGGUUUAGGGGGGAGGGGGAUGGUGGCGGCGUUGGUGGUGGUGCUGGUGGUGGUGUUGGUGGAGGUUGUGGCGGUGGUGUUAGUGUUGGUGGUGGUGGUGGUGGAGGAAGUAAUUAUGUUGGUAGUGGUGAGGUUGAGUUGGGUGGAUCAGGAUUAUCUGCGGAUACAGUUGAUGAUAGUCCAUUAAGUGGAGCAGUUAGAAUAAAUAUUAGAAAGACGAUGAUUGAUCUAAAUAUGCUAGAUGAAAGUAGUCAAAAGGGGUCAAAUAUUGAACUUCCUAAUGCUGACAUGAUGCAACAGGCGCUCCUCGGUCGCGUCCUGCUCUAG